CAACUCCGACCGGCCCGUGAAUCUGAUUAGCUAAUCUCGAUAUCGUUUCAUUGCAACUUUACCUGAACUCCCGCACAACGAUCUUCGAGUCCGUCUUCCUGUAUUUGUUUUUCGUAAAUGAACGACAGGAAAAGACCGGCUCUAGAACAACUAUCAUCUGUGCGACACGCCAAACAACAGCGCACAGCCCUUCUCAGUGUCGACGGCGAGAGACAAAGCCCUGCUGUAGCCUCAACAGCCGCUCUCGUGUCUCGCUGGAACCGAAUAUACCACGAUCUGAAGGAAUUGGGGAAGGAUACUAUAUUGCUUCUUUCAGGUCGCGUUGUCUCAUCUGAGUCUUCGGAAGAGUCGCUUGAGCAGCAAGGCUCUUCCCAAACACUUUCUCCAUCGCCAGAGCUUUUACCCCAAACAGGUGCUGCUGCAGAAGAGUCAUCUCGAGUGGAAUCUCCGCCGGCGACACCAAACACAGUACAUUCUUUCACCGCGUCGCAAAGUUCUCUGAGGCCCACCAAUCUCUACGCGACGAGUAGUUAUUCGUCCUUUCCUUCUACAUCGCCAUUCACAUUCACACCACGCAAUCGUCACUUUCCUUCGUCUUCCGAAAGCUCUGAAAUCAGUUUUCCUACAUUCUCAAGCACUCAUCAUCAGCUGCCAAUUACACCCUCAUCUUCUUUGGAUAAUCUAUAUUCUUCUCGUAGACCGCGGACAAAAAGUACAAUGGGCCCACCUCCAGAUCCUCUGAUGUUCGAUCCAUAUCUUCGGUCGACUUCAGCGUUGGAAAAAAACUUGCAGUCGUUGAAAAUGGCGCAACAGCCCCGGCUCUACAACAUUAGGCCGCAUAUCUAUGUGGAGAGACACAAGCAAGAAAUUAGGAAGAACUUGGAAGCAACGAAAGAUCUGCUCUUUAAACUAGCUCGACAAAAAAGAGGCUUCAAGUCAGGUCGAAAGGAUUUCGAUUCCUAUCUCGAUUACUCGUAUAUGCUCGAAAAUGCUGAGAAGAAACCACGUUUUACGUCCCCUUCAAUGAUUGACUUGCGCUCGGAAUACGCGUUUGAUGACAAGAAAGCGCUUUCCCGUCGAAGUUCAGAUUCGUUAAGUCGAGAGCAAUGGUUAGAAAGAAAGCUACAAAUAGCUCAAAAGAUGUUCAACGGUCCGAAACCUCCGCCAGCGUGGAGCCCUUCUCUUGAUGAUCUCAAACUCCGACAACGUUCUAAAGACGAUCUUAUUGAUCAACGUCUUCGACCUCAACGCCUCCCUCUCCCAUCUUCAUUACCUCCUGAAGACGAAGGCAAAGUUAAAUCUUUGCUAAAACAGUCCGGUGUCAUUGCCAAGUUCGCGAGAGAGCAGGUUUUGGAUAAGGAUUUGGUUCGGUUAAUGCCAGGGAGUUGGUUGAACGACGAGAUUAUCAACUAUUAUGGGGCGCUGAUAUUGGGACGUUCGGAUGAAUCCAAAGAGAAUGGGGACAAUGGAAUAAUUAAUGGAGUUGCCAAUGCUCGGAAAGGCAAGGUCUUGAAUGUGCACUAUUUUACCACGUUCUUUUGGCAGAAGUUGACCCGAGAAGGCUAUGAGAAAGGACGAUUGGCAAAAUGGACCAAGAAGGUCGAUCUAUUUUCGAAAGACAUCGUGCUUAUACCCGUGAAUCACACCAAUACCCAUUGGACGGCCGCAGCUAUUAACUUUCGACAAAAACGAAUGGAGUCAUACGAUAGCAUGGAUUUGGAUAGGUCGGCAGUGUUCAAAGUCCUUCGAGGUUACCUAGAUGCCGAACACCGUAACAAAAAGGGUAUACCUUUUGAUUUCACUGGAUGGGAAGAUUAUAUUCUGAAGGAUACCCCGCAACAAGAGAAUGGGUAUGAUUGUGGGGUCUUUACCUGUCAAUUCCUUGAGUCUUUGUCCCGUGGGGAGGAAACGUUCAACUUCAGCCAAGACGACAUACCCUAUCUUCGCCGUCGAAUGAUUUGGGAGAUUGGCCAUUCGACUCUCAGGACCGACCCGUAAUAUGCAUAUCAUUCGGUAUCGACCUUGCAAAAACUCUACCCAACGUUUGCUUUGCUCCAUUAGGGUUGUGUAUAUCUUGUUACCUUAUAUCUAUAGUUAUUCUGUUCAAAUAUUUGGAGAUCGUCAAAUGUAUCUACUACGACUUGCAAGAAGAUUCCUGUAAAUAUGUAGCAAAAAUCAGGAAUCUGCACGCACUUACAUCGG